GGAGGAUGGGAAACCCAGCAGUGAGUGGGGGGAUGGUAGCCGCUCGCUCCUGGAGCAAAUCUGGAAACCAUAAACUUGGGCAACUUCUGUGACAAGAGGCCAACGUCAUAACGGUUUGAUCUGGUUGGCUGUGCGGCGCCCCCUCGACUCCGCCCCCGAUGCCUUUGAUCCGCCCAAUCGCUUGAAAUUCCCUCUUCCUGUUGUCUUAAGCUCAGCUGCCCGUAAAACAGCGCGCGGAGCCAAUCAGCGGGCGCCGGGCGGGUCCGAGGCUCCACGGCUCCUUCCCUUUAAAGCAUCAGAUUCAGGUCGCCGCCGUCUCACAUGUGGACGCGGGGAGCGGCUCCUCGCCGCCGCUGGGACGACUUCACAGGCGGGAGAGUGGACGGAGAAGAAGCUGCACCGGGGCUGAUCCCACGCCGAGCGCCGGUCACGCUCCCGCUCGGACCCGCGGUGCAGAACCCACAGACGAGAGGCUGGAGGAGGACAGGGCAGCGGAACAGGGGGCGCUCCUGCAGGCUGACUGUGGAAUGUGGAGGCGCUGAAGCAAAGAAUCGGAAUCUCGGAGAAGGAGAGGGAGAUAGUGAGUCACAGGGAGAGGAGAGGAGACGGAGGGAAAAACGUGGCCGAGCAUGAGAGAGGACGAGCGGCCCGAGGGAGGGGGCAGUUCCAACGCCUGUCCCGUCGUCGUGGAGACGCCAGGGGUCGGCGCUCGGAAGCGGCAGCCGGGCUCCCGCGCGCAGGAGCGCGUGCCCGCGGCGAGGCCCGACGCGGGGGCCGGAGGCGGUCCAGCGGGCCGCGGCCAGAACCGCCACGCCGGCGGAGCCAAAAGGCCCAGGAAGAGCCCCGAGCACGGGCCGCCCUCCUCGGACUCGUCCCCGUCCCCGGGGCCGGGCCCCGGUCCGAGUCCGGGCGGGUUUUCGGCCCUGGAGGACCCGCACGCCCAGCGGGUCAUCGCCAACAUCCGCGAGCGCCAGCGGACGCAGUCCCUGAACGAAGCCUUCGCCUCGUUGAGGAAGAUCAUCCCGACGCUGCCCUCCGACAAACUGAGCAAGAUCCAGACCCUGAAGCUGGCCUCGCGCUACAUCGACUUCCUGUACCAGGUGCUGCAGAACGACGAGAUGGACGCCAAGCUGGCGGGAUGCAACUACGUGGCCCACGAGCGGCUGAGCUACGCGUUCUCUGUGUGGAGGAUGGAGGGCGCCUGGUCCACCAUGUCUGCUGGCCACUGAGCCUCCACGGACCUGCACCACCAUCGCUCCACGAGACACAGUGCAGCUGUGUCAGACUGGCGAACGUGUCGCUUGUGAAUGUGAUUCUGAUGUCUUGUGGGCAAACAGCGGAUGUUUGCUGCUCACGUUUGCCUUUAACUUUGGAGAAAUGUAUCGGUGACACAGCUUUAGUUUAUGUUUUCGAGGCAUUAAGACAAGGGUACUGCGUUUACAUAGAUGGCAUUGAAGGACGGGGCAGGUGGGAGGAAACCGCCUGGACCUCAAUGAGAACUGACGGGUUCAGCAGCCUGACAGUUAAGGACGCCCUGUUGUGACAGCACAGCUCGUGACCUUUGACCUCUGGGCCAGCGAAGCUUGGCCUGUGGUUUCACCUCCGCUGUCGCGUGCAGGCUUUAGUUUUAGUUCAUUUCGCAUCACUUUCUAGAAAUAAAGAGCCGCAACUAGAAAAAGGAUUAAAAGAAGCAAUAAUAAUUAAGGGUGUUUUAACUAAGAUUGGACCUCUGGCUGCUCCGUACCCUCUCAGCCCGUGCUUUUCCCCAACCACCUCCUGACCAAACGACGGUGGAAAAAGGCAGAGAUCCUGACAGAGAUCCGGACCGAGCUCCUUUGUUUCUUCCACAGCCAGAAAGACUCUCCCCUGAAAUUCUUUCCCCUCACUCUGGCGCAAAUCUGCUCGCAGUGCACGAAGCCGCGACGCAGCUACGGCGAGCUGCCGCGGAGGCGUAAUGAAAACAAACGCUCCCUAGAAAACCAUGAAUCACGCGCGUCGCCAUCAAAGGGGAGGCCGAUGUGGCGCCCCGCCGGGCUCCCACCAGCCACUGGGAGUGAUGGAAGAGUUGCUGAAUAAAGUGACUCAUCCUCCACAUCUCUGCUUCUCGUUGCCUCUGCAACCACGCCGACAUGAAGACCUUUAGGUGUCUGAUUUUGGAAGAGAAGAAAAGAUAGCAAUAAUAAAAUCAUCUUGAUCUGGAUUCAGUGAACUUUUCCCAACGACAACCACUUUGAGAAGGAUUUGACAGUGGAGCUCACGUUGGAGCAGCAGACUUUCCUGAGAUUAAAGGAAAAUGCAGACUUUGCAUUGGAAAAGACCAACCAUGCGUUCAUUCCCAUGUUUGCCGUGUUUAGCGUAUUCAUCUAUUUUACACCAGUUACACACUGGGUUCAUUUACUUGAAAUAUUUACUGUGGUGCAGCAGAAAUGAUCCAGUAUGAGUGAUGCUACAUAUCACAAGGGAGACAAAUCUGUGGAAGGUUAGACAUUAAGACACAUGCGCUACAUGUAGCAUCAUCUGUCCUGGAAAAUAAAAGGCUCCUCAAACUGUU